CCCUCCAUUAUUUCAUUAAUUAUCCACCCUAACCCCAUCAUUCCUUCACGGCGAGGCAACGCAAGGUGGGUCCCCCUUGCUCUGCUUCCGCCGUCACCUACUCAUCAUUUCAAAGAAUAUUAUUAUUCAUUGACGCCCCUUUGUUAGCUAUGAGCGAGGAAAAGCAUCAACAUCAUGACACCGUGUCUUCUUCUUCUUCUUCUACUACUACUUAUUUUUCUUCCUCUUCUUCUUCUUCCUCGCCGGGCGAGUCGGAGGAGGAGCUGCAGCACAUGCUGUUGGCGCCGCCGUUGUGGAAGAACAAGAAAAGGUUGUCGAAGCAGUUGUCGAUGUGCGAGAUGCCUCGGGACAUUGCAUGGGAGAGAAAGCGCAUGCAAGAGCAGAGAAGGAGUUCGACCGUGUGCGAUAAUGAUCUCACGGAUGAGGACCUGCAUGAGCUUAAAGGGUGUAUAGAACUUGGGUUCGGAUUCAACGAGGAAGAUGGUCAGAGACUCUGUAACACCUUGCCCGCACUUGACCUUUAUUUCGCUGUUAACCGCAGGUUGUCGCCUAGUCCUGUCUCCACCCCUCAGAGCCGUGCCUCUUCCCUCGGAUGCCGUUCUUCGUCGUUUGGAAGCCCUAGAAGCGACGCUGACUCCUGGAAAAUUUGUAGCCCAGGGGAUGAUCCUGAACAUGUGAAGACCAAGUUAAGGCAUUGGGCUCAAGCCGUUGCUUGUUCUGUGAUGCAGUCUUCUUGAGAAAAAAGUGUGGGAUGUUUGUUUGUUUUGUACAGAGAGGGAUGGAGAAAAACCAGAAAAAAAAAAGGGUCUCCGAUUAUUCCUGGACAAUGGUCUAUACUAUAGCUAAUUAAGCACCUCAUUUUUCUUCACAUUUUUUCUCUUGGUGUUGUUUUAAUCUCAAGCUGUCUGUCUCUCGCAGGGUGUAUUCGUCGUAUAGUAAUUAAUUUUUGGGUCACAGGGUAAAAUAUAAUUGCAUUCGGGUCGGGGGGGUUAGGAUAUGGCCUCUCCUUAACAUGUAUUGUCAAGAUAAUCAACAAGAGACGUCACAUCAAUCAUGAGUAUAUAUUGUUUAGAUGAGUUCUACCCAUCUUUAGCUUAGGACAUCAUUUGACUUGUCGUGACUUGACUGUAAAACUUGCAAAAUGUAAUGGCUGAUUGUUUCACUCUAA